GACGCGGGGCUGGUGGGCGGGGGCCCGGCCGGUGCUCCACAGCUGUCUGUGACACCCGGAGCCGGCCGGUCGCUUGGGUCCCCAGAGACCCCACCAUGGUGCGCGCGGGCGCGGUGGGGACGCAUCUCCCCGCGUCCGGAUUGGACAUCUUCGGGGAUCUGAGAAAGAUGAAUAAGCGCCAGCUCUAUUACCAGGUGUUAAACUUUGCCAUGAUCGUGUCUUCGGCACUUAUGAUAUGGAAAGGCCUGAUCGUGCUCACCGGCAGCGAGAGCCCCAUCGUGGUGGUGCUGAGUGGCAGCAUGGAGCCGGCCUUCCACAGGGGAGACCUUCUGUUUCUCACAAAUUUCCGGGAAGACCCCAUUCGAGCUGGUGAAAUAGUUGUUUUUAAAGUUGAAGGACGAGACAUUCCAAUAGUUCACAGAGUAAUCAAAGUUCAUGAAAAAGAUAAUGGAGACAUCAAAUUUCUGACCAAAGGAGAUAAUAAUGAAGUUGAUGACAGAGGCUUAUACAAAGAAGGCCAGAACUGGCUUGAAAAGAAAGAUGUGGUGGGACGAGCUAGAGGGUUUUUACCAUAUGUUGGUAUGGUCACCAUAAUAAUGAAUGAUUAUCCGAAGUUCAAGUAUGCUCUCUUGGCUGUAAUGGGUGCAUAUGUGUUACUGAAACGUGAAUCUUAAAAUGAGCUGCAGUUCCUGAAACCAGACCGACGUGAAUUCUGUUGAAGAAGAGAAGAACUAAUAUAUUUGAAAUGUUCCACUUUCUGUAUAAAAAAGAAACAGUGUGGAGAUGUGUUUGUCUUGUCCAAAUAAAUGAUUCAUCAGUAAA